UUUUCGUUGACUGUUGAACUCCUAAACCAAAUAGCUCUUGGCAAUACCUGUACUGGAAGCAGCAUCUGAGGAUGCACAGGCGAUCUAAACCUGAGCUGGACAAUGUAAGCAAAGAGCAAGACUCCUGUAGUGGAAGUGAGAAGACCUCCAACAGUGAAAAAGUGUCAAAAAUGGAAAACAUGUUGAAGAAGGUGCUAUUAGAAAACCAACAGUUGAAAAAUGCUGUACACUUUCUGAAACAGCAGCAGGGCAAAGAGAAAGACUACCAUGUAGACCACUGCAACAGGUCUAAAGAAAAACUUCUGACUGAAAUUGGGUCUCUCUUGACUGAAAUGGCCUUCCUGAAGGAAGUGCGGGAGCAGCUGAGGUACAAGGAUCCUGAAUCUAGGAAAGAAAUGACUAAAGCCCUCACUGAAACCAUCCAAGCCAAGCUGGAGGUGGCCCAUGCUAAGAUAGAGGCUGCUGAGGCCAAGAAGGAGACUUUGGAGGCUCAGAAGAAGGCGGAGGAGGCCAAGGAAACUGCAGAAGCAGCUCAGGCCCGAGAGGAUAACCUGCUGGCCUAUGUCUCGAAAAUUGCUUCCUUGGCUUACCAGCAGGCUGCCGAAGCAGAGUAUGAUUGGGCCCAGGCCCAGAAAGUCAAGGCAGUAGCAGAAGUCAUGCAAGGGGCUGCCUUUGCCGACAGCAAAGUCCGGCGCAGCCAUAAACAUCACCAGGAUAAGCACCAUCGAAGCCACCGGAGUCAUGGCGAGUGCCGGUGCCAUCACAGCCACCAUAGCCACCACAGCCACAACCGGACCCACUAUGAGACCCAGAGUGAUCUGCCCAGCUCAGAAAUGGAGACCCUGAGCAGCAACCGAUAAA